AUGGGCAAGCGAGGCGCAGGUACAGGCGGGUACGCCUCCGAGGUCCGCGCCCGCCAGCGCGACGAGGAGAACCGACGCCGCCGCAAGGCCAAGGUCAAGGCCAAGCAGGCCGCCGAGGACGCUCUGGUGGCCACCGACCCAGCCGCCGCCCUCGCCCGCCUGCGCUACCUCGAGCAUGCCCUCACCCAAGGCUUUCUGGCUGGCUCUGCCAAGCGCCGGGUCGCCUCGGAUGUCGGCUUCCUCCGCUCCAAGAUUCAGGCUUCCCACAAGUCGCCUGAGGCCCUUGCUGCCGCCCUCGCCGCCGCUGGCACCGCCGUCCCGGGCUACACCCCACUCCCGCACGAGCUGCCCAAGCCUGCAGGCGCAGACACAGACGCAGGCGCAGACGCAGACGCAGAUGCCGUCGGGGAGGCCACUGUUGCCGAAGACAGCAGCAAUGAUGGCCAGCCGCCUCCCUCCAUCGACCUCGCCUCCAUUCCGCUGCCUCCCGGCCCGGUCCCGGGGUGGGAGACCCUGCCGCUGCGGCGGGCUCCGCCCUGUCCGACUCCCCCGCGCCCGAUGCACAUGCAUCCGGCCCCGCACCACAUGCACCCGGCCCCGCAUCACAUGCAUCCGGCCCCACACCGCAUGCAUCCGGCCCCGCACCGCAUGCAUCCGGCCCCGCACCACAUGCACCCGGCCCCGCAAGCCAAGCGCCAGAAGACUCUUGUCGCGACGGACACUCCGCCGCUGGCUCGGCUCCGCCACCUGUGAGUGUUGAUCCUGUGGUGCUUUCACUGCUGCCAACUGCCGUGGCGCUCAAGAAGACCCGCAAGUAGGCAAGACUAGAACGGCG